AUGCGUGUUUUAAAUGUAGCAGAAAAGCCCUCAGUUGCAAAGGCGCUCUCGGAGAUUUUGUCAAACGGCGGCGCGCGGUCCAGCAGCGGGUUCAACAAGUACUGCCGGGUGCACAAGUUCCAGUGCUCGUUUGCCGGGCAGGAGGCGCAGAUGGUUUUCACGAGCGUUCUGGGACACCUGUACUCUCUGCAGUUUGAAAGGAAAACCGCGUGGCACGAAAUAGACCCGGUGCAGCUGUUCGACGAAAAGGUGUGCUGGGAGAUUCCUGCCAACAUGCAGGACGUGUCCAAGACGCUGUCCGAGCUUAGCGCCCAGUGCAGCAUGCUUGUCAUUUGGACAGACUGCGACCGGGAGGGAGAGAACAUAGGCAUGCAGAUUGCAAAUCUGGUGAAGGACAAGAUAGGCACUGUCCGGCGCGCCAGGUUUUCGGGGCUGAGCAGGUACGAGGUGCUCCGGGCUCUUGAGAGCCUGGACAGCAUCAACAAAAACGAGGCAACGGCUGUGGCGUCUCGAAUAGAAAUAGACCUGCGGAUCGGCGCUGCAAUAACCAGGUUGCAGACCCUGCAGCUGCAGGACAUUCUGGAAAAAAAGGCAGUGAUCAGCUAUGGAAGCUGCCAAAUCCCAACGCUUGGGUUUGUGUGCGAGAGGGAGGAGAGCAUGGAGGAGUUUGUGGAGGAAAAAAACUGGACUCUGCAGGCCGAGGUGAAGAGCAACGGGGAGCGCGGCACGUUCGACUGGGCCCGGGGGAAGAUAUACGACGAAGAGUAUGUGCGGGCCAAGCACGAGUGGGUGAGCGGGUUUCCGAUGACUGUUAGCAAGCUGGAGAAGAAAAAGGUGCAGAAGUGGCGGCCGUAUCCUCUUCGGACAGUGGAGCUGCAGAAGUUCUUUGCAAAGGGGCAGGGAAUUAGCAGCUCGCACGAGCUUAUGGGCAUAGCCGAGUCCCUGUACACGUCAGGAUACAUCAGCUAUCCAAGGACGGAAACAGACGCGUUUCCGCAGGGGUUCAACUACAGCGAGCCGCUUGGCAUGCUAAAGUCCGACCCGGUGCUUAGAGACUAUGCCGCGCGCCUGAAGCCUGUGCGCCCGCUGGCAGGGAAAAACAACGACCAGGCACACACCCCCAUAUACCCGCUUAAGGCCGGGACAGGCCUGAAGGGGAAAGACCGGAUGGUGUACGAGUAUGUCGCCAGGCGGUUUCUGGCCUGCUACAGCGAGAAUGCGGAGGGAGAGGAGGAGCUGAUUGAGUGCUUGGUGCGGGGCGAGUGCUUCGUGCGAAAAACGCUAAAGGUGCUGAAAAAGAACUACCUGGAGGUGUUUAUAUAUGAAAAGUGGGGGGACACCGAAGCGGACCUGGGCGUCUGCCUGGGGCAGGAGGUUUUCUCGGAGGUGGCAAAGAAAGAGUCGCACACAGAAAAGCCGCAUCUGCUCACAGAGGCCGAGCUUAUUGCAAAAAUGGACAAAAACGGGAUAGGAACAGACGCAACAAUACACGACCACAUCCAGCGAAUAAAAGAAAGGGCGUACGUCGAGGUCGUUGGCAAGAACGCUCUUAAAAGCACGUGGCUUGGGCGCUCGCUCAUCAACGGAUACAAAAGCAUAGGGCUCCAGGUAAGCAAGCCGCAUCUGCGAAAGGAGUUUGAGUCCAACCUCAAGAAGGUCUGUGCAGGCGAGUAUCCUCCGCAGGAGCUAGUGAGGCAGGAGCUCUCAAAAUACAGGGGCAUAUACAUUGAGAUGCAGGAGAACAUGGGCAAGUUCAAGGCAGAGUUUGCAAAAAACAAGCAAGCUACAGGCGGGCCGGGCGAAGACCGCCCUGGAGAGCACCCGUACAUCGCGCCAAAAAAAGCCACUGCGAAUAGCCCGGGCUCGUCUUACGGCGGAAAGAGCGGAAAGAGCGGAAAGAGCCGGCAAGGCACGCCGCCAGAAAAGGCCUUGAGCGGUGCAUGGGCAGAAGAGCCUGAGUGCGUGGACAAUGAAUAUGUAAAGAGAAAGAAGCAGAUGCUGGCAGAUGUGGGGCCCAAGAGCGGGCAAAAAACGGAGUGGCUCAAGACCCUGGGGAGUGAGAAGAAAGCGCGCGACAGCUCCUUUCUGGCAGACCUGCCGCCCGGUGCAGUGGUGUGCGACUGCAACAUAGAGGCAGGCGAAAAAACAGUAAAGAAGGACGGGCCGAACCAAGGAAAGCAGUUCUAUUCCUGCGCGGCAGGGCAGUGCAACUACUUCCUGUGGAAAGGCGCAGAAAAGAGCAGCGCCGCCCGCCCGCAGAGCAGCAGCCUAAGCCGAACAGAAGCCCCGCCUGCGCGAAGCAGGCCGCGCCCAGCCCCACAGGCGAACAGCAAGGUGCAGUGUGCGUGCGGGCUGGACGCAAAGUAUUUUCUCUCGAAGACAGCAAAAAACAACAACCGAGGGUUUUUCAAAUGCAACAAAAGCUAUAAGCAGUGCACGUUUUUUAUGUGGGAGGACGAAGCCAAUAAAUAA